GAUCUUUCCGGAUUAUGUAUGCUUGUGUGAACGCCACCAUAUGCAUACAUCGGUGAUCGAGGCAUCUACGACCCGUUCGCCCUACUAUUUGGAGAUAACAGUUGACCCGUACCUCCUCCUAAGGUCGCACCAGUAAUCUCUGCACAUCGUUUUCCGUCAUGGAUCGCGAACUUUCCCUCGUUGUAUACCACUCCCCGCUUUUCCCUGCACAUUGGGCUCUCUAUAUACCAAGCAUGACAGAUCCUGCAAUCGGAAAGAUCGUUCAUGUUACCGGCGAUGCACGCAAUGGGUUUGUGCAUGAAUUCAAACGCGGAUAUCUACCCGCGGAUGACGAAAGAGGACAUAGCAUAAUCCCACUCGCCCGCAUUUCUGCCUCACACGUCGUGGACGUUCUUAGCCCGUCUGGAUUGUUGGUGUACACUGCACCAGACGAUAAUCUUUUGGCACUCGCAGUGGAUAACGUUGAGCGAGAGUUGUUGAGCAUUCCUGCACCUGGCAAGAGCCUCAAUGUUGUCGACAGCUUAGGGAGAUCACAGGGAAGAAAGGUUGCUAUCAAGAACUGUCAGACGUGGAUCCGAGAUGCUGUUGAAAGGCUCGUGCAUGCGGGUAUUGUUCCUCAGGAAGCAUUGGGCAUAGUUGACGCAGCGCCUAAGAAUUGACCUCAUUGUUGUCUCGCAGAAUUGCAUCCAAAUUCAUGGUAGUGAUUGCUUUUUCUCGGAACUUCGCAUUGCUACAGUAUUACUCGCACGAAGGUGCGGAUCUCCUGGUUGAAAGUUGCUCAAAUGAAUAACCGUAUUGUCUC